GAGCGCCGGAUGAAUGAUACAUAAAACGGAUCGAUGUGCUGCAUAGUGCGACGUUUCCAUUGCAAUCUUUUUUUCAAUGAUUUUUGUGACUUUUUAUAGAGAGAGAGAGAGAGAGACAAAGAGAGAGGAAGAGGGCAUGCAUAAUCUUCCUGGUGAAUUUUCUAUAACCAUUGAUUGGAAUAUUAACCAGCUUAUAGAUAAUUCCUGUUUUAUGUAUCAUACUCUCGAGUUACGCGUGUUCCCCGCAUUGGAGGAGAAUUUGCGGGUAAUCGAGCGAGAAUUGCUUUCACAAACGUCAGGAUGAUGUGCUACAGUUAUGUUUGUGCGCUUAUUGCGAUAUUAGAUCAGCGAGAACCGACCCAGCGGAGUCACGGCGCCGCGUUUCGCGCGCGUGCGUUUGUGUACACAACUAUUAAGUGCUUACAUUUAUGCCUGUCAUAAUUGGCUUCGUUAAAUGAAGAGAGUGACUGAGGAAUUAGCUUGCUGGUAAUAACGCGGCUAUUUAUUAACACGUGAAACGAGACGCCACAGGCUUCACGAACUCGCGAGAGCUCGGGAAGUAGAUCUCUUCUUCUUCACCGCGUUUGGAGUCCCGUCGUAAUUUCUUCCUUCCAAGAGCAAACUCGAUGGAUUCCUCAUGUGGCGAAGAAGAAUUAUCGCCAUUGGUUCACCACCCCACUCGCGGCUUAUCAAAGCAGUUGAAAAACGGAUCGGCAUGGAGUAGCUACCCAAGUCAUCGAGACCCUUGGAAGGGAAAAGGGCAAAAGUGUUCCCUCCCUACGCCCUUUUGCCGCCGCGACGCACGACGACAUUGGAUUGUCGUCGUACCGCAGCGACCUCUGCGUCAUUAUUAUUAUAGCCGCAAGGCUGACGUUUUUCUUCUUGGACUUGUAAAUAAAAGGCCUCAAAGUGUACGGCGCCGUGGAGAAGACGUUUCACCCGUUCGAGCUGAGCAGCAGGCUUUCCCGUGUGUUCCCCGGAACACUGCCCGGUAUACAAGGUGA